AUGUCUCGGUUCCUGGAUAUGGCGGAGUUUGGAGAAGCUGCUCGCUACCUUCGUCUCACCAACCUGGAGCAGCUGGCUGCCAAGGCCAUGGCCUUUGACGGUACAAAGCGCGUUUGGCUGCCUGAUGACGUGGAAGCGUACAUCGAAGUCGAGGUUAAAGAGCUGAAUGGAGACAAGACCGCCGUCGAGACCAAGGACGGACGGUUUCUGGUGGUCAAAGAGGCUGACCUGCAGCCGAUGAACCCUCCAAAGUUUGACAUGAUGGAGGACAUGGCCAUGUUGACGCACCUCAACGAGGCGUCUGUGCUCUUCAACAUGAGGAGGAGAUUCAGCAUGUGGAUGAUCUAUACGUACUCGGGUCUGUUCUGCGUGGCGAUCAACCCGUACAAAUGGCUGCCGGUCUAUACUGCUGCGGUGGUGGCGGGCUAUAAAGGGAGGCGUCGGGUGGAAACGCCGCCCCACAUCUACGCCAUCGCUGACAACGCCUACACCGACAUGCUGCAGAAUCGUGAGAACCAGUCGAUGUUGAUCACCGGAGAGUCCGGAGCAGGAAAAACGGUCAACACUAAGAGGGUGAUUCAGUACUUCGCCAUCAUCGCUGCGUUGGGGGGAAAACGUGAAAAAAGGAUUGUUGACUAAUUCUGUGUCUCUGCGUGUUUUCAGGGAUCUUUAGAGGACCAGAUCAUUGAGGCGAAUCCAGCCAUGGAGGCGUUCGGAAACGCUAAAACCAUCCGCAACGACAACUCGUCCCGCUUUGGAAAGUUCAUCAGAAUUCAUUUUGGGCCGACGGGGAGGCUGGCGUCCGCUGACAUCGACAUCUGUGAGUCACAUUCAUCAGAACAUCUUCUAGAAAAGUCCAGAGUUGUUUUCCAGCAGCCAGCAGAGAGAAGCUACCACAUCUACUACCAGAUCCUGUCCAAUCACAAGCCAGAACUACAAGACAUGCUGCUGGUCACCACCAACCCGUACGACUACGUCUUCUGCUCUCAGGGUGUGACCACAGUGGAAAGCAUCAAUGACGGAGAGGAGCUGAAGCUCACCGAUCACGCCAUGGACACACUGGGCUUCACCCCAGAGGAGAAGUACGGCUGCUAUAAGAUCGUUGGGGCCAUCAUGCACUUUGGUAACAUGAAGUUCAAGAAGAGGCAGCGAGAGGAGCAGGCUGAGGCCGACGGCACGGAGAGUGUGGAUAAAGCGGCCUACCUGAUGGGCAUCAGCUCUGCCGACCUGCUGAAGGGCCUGCUGAACCCUCGCGUCAAAGUCGGAAACGAGUUCAUCAUUAAAGGGCAGACUGUAGAACAGGUCAACUACGCAGUGGCAGCCCUCGCCAAAGCCACCUACGACCGUAUGUUUAAGUGGUUGGUGAGUCGCAUCAACUCGUCUUUAUACACGGCUCUGCCUCGUCAGUACUUCAUCGGAGUCCUCGACAUCGCUGGCUUCGAGAUCUUUGAGUUCAAUAACUUUGAGCAGCUGUGUAUCAACUUCACCAACGAGAAGCUGCAGCAGUUUUUCAACCACCACAUGUUCAUCCUGGAGCAGGAGGAGUACAAGACGGAGGGGAUAGAGUGGACCUUCAUAGACUUCGGCUUGGACUUACAGGCCUGCAUAGACCUCAUAGAGAAGCCCAUGGGUAUUCUGUCCAUCAUGGAGGAGGAGUGUAUGUUCCCAAAGGCCACAGACAACAGCUUUAAAACUAAACUCUACGAUAACCACUUUGGGAAGUCACCCAACUUCCAGCGUCCGCGGCUGGACAAGAAGCGCAAAUAUGAGACGCACUUUGAGUUGGUUCACUAUGCCGGAGUGGUGCCGUACAAUAUCACAGGCUGGCUGGACAAGAACAGAGAUCCUCUGAAUGAGACGGUGGUGGCUCUGUUCCAGAAAUCCUCCCACAAACUGAUGGCUGGACUGUUUGAGAACUACAUCAGCUCUGAGAUGGCCAGUGAUCCGAAGGCUGAAGGCAAACACAGGAAGAGGAAAGCAGCUUCCUUCCAGACAGUUUCGCAGUUACACAAAGAGAAUCUGAAGAAGCUGAUGGCCAACCUCCGCAGCACGCAGCCUCACUUUGUCCGCUGCAUCAUCCCCAACGACAACAAGACUCCAGGUUUGAUCGAUCCCUUCAUGGUCCUCCACCAGCUGAGGUGUAACGGAGUCCUUGAGGGGAUCAGGAUUUGCAGGAAAGGCUUUCCAAACCGUAUCCUGUACGCGGAGUUCAAACAACGUUAUCGCAUCCUGAAUCCUUCUGCGGUUCCAGAGGACUCGUUUGUGGACAGCAGGAAGGCCGUGGAGAAACUGCUGACCUCUCUGGACAUAGACCACACCCAGUACAAGUUCGGACACACCAAGGUGUUCUUUAAGGCCGGUCUGUUGGGUCAGCUGGAGGACAUGAGGGACAUCCGUCUGUCUCAGCUCCUCACCAUCGUUCAGGCCAUGGCCAGAGGGAAGCUGAUGAGGGUGCAACGGCAAAAGAUGAUGGUGGAAAGGGAUGCGGUAAUGGUGAUCCAGUUCAACCUGAGAGCGUUUUUCACCGUGAGGACUUGGCCAUGGAUGAUGUUGUUCUACAAGCUCCGCCCCCUGCUGAGGAGCGCCCAAAUUGAGAAGGAGCUGGCGGCUCUCAAUGAGGAGUUCAAAAAGUUAAAAGAGGCCUUUGACAGGUCAGAGGUAAAGCGUCGGGAGGCGGAGGAGCGGCAGGUAGAUUUGGUUCAGGAGAAAAACGACCUGGCUCUGCAGCUGCAAGCUGAGCAGGAAAACCUGGCGGAUGCAGAGGACCGCUGCAACCAGCUGAUUCAGUCCAAGAUCUCUCUGGAGUCGAAGCUGAAGGAGACGCAGGAACGCCUGGAGGACGAGGAGGAGGUGACCGCCAAGCUGAUGUCCAAGAAGCGUCAGCUGGAGGAAGAGGUGGUGUCCCUGAAGAAGGAUGUGGACGACCUGGAGAUGACUCUGGCUAAAGUGGAGAAAGAGAGACACGGAUUGGAGAACAAGGUGAAGAACCUGUCCCACGAGAUGUGUGUCCUGGAUGAAUCCAUAGUGUCUCUGACCAGAGAGAAAGCCGCCCUGCAGGAGGCUCACCAGCAGGCUCUGACUGACCUUCAGGCGCAGGAGGACAAGGUCAACAUGCUGGCCAAGGCCAAAGCUCGCCUGGAGCAGCAAGUGGACAACGUGGAGAGUUCAUUGGAGCAGGAGAAGAAGGCGAGGAUGGAAGUGGAGCGAACCAAAAGGAAGCUGGAGGGGGACCUGAAGCUGUCCAUGGACUCAGUGAGGGACAUGGAGAGCCAGAAGGAGGAGCUGGAGGAGAGACUGAAGAAAAAAGACUUUGAGUCGGGUCAGCUUCAGUCCAAACUGGAGGACGAGCAGAGUUUGGUCACUCAGCUUCAGAAGAAAAUCAAAGAGCUUCAGACUCGUAUCGAGGAGCUGGAGGAGGCGCUGGAGGCGGAGCGGGCUUGGCGCUCCAAAGCCGAGCGCCAGAGGAACGACAUCAGCAGAGAGCUGGAGGAGCUGGGAGAGAAACUGGAGGAGGCCGGAGGAGCCUCUGCUGCUCAGAUCGCUCUCAACAGGAAGAGGGAGGCUGACUUCCUGAAGAUGCGGCGGGAGAUGGAGGAGGCGGGCCUUCACCACGAGGCGACGGCCGCCAAUCUGAGGAAGAAGCACUCGGAUACGGUGGCGGAGCUGAGCGAGCAGAUCGACGCCCUGCAGAGAGCCAAACAGAAGCUGGAGAAGGAGAAGGUGGAGAUCCGGCUGGAGGCCGACGACCUGGCGUCGAACGUGGAGCAGCUGUCCAGGAACAAGGGCACUGUGGAGAAGAUGUGCAGGGCCUUUGAGGACCAGCUGAAUGAAACCAGGAGCCGAGCGGACGAUCUGCAGAGACAACUGGCUGAAGUUUCUGCUCAGAAAGCUCGAGCACUCACAGAGACCGUCGAGUACAGCCGUCGUCUGGAGGAGCGGGACGCCAUGAUUGGUCAGCUCCAGCGCUCCAAGGCGGGGCUUUGCCAAAACACCGAAGACCUGAAGAGACAGCUGGAGGAGGAGAGCAAAGCUCGCGUGGCGCUGGCUCACGCUGUGCAGUCAUCCCGUCAUGACUGCAGUCUGCUCAGGGAGCAGCUGGAGGGGGAGCAGGAGUUCAAAGCUGAGCUGCAGAGGGAGCUGUCCAAAGCCAACGGACAGGUGGCUCAGUGGAGAGCGAAGUACGAGACUGACGCCGUGCUGAGAAUCGAGGAGCUGGAGGACGCAAAGAAGAAGUUGGUGGUCAAACUUCAGACGGCUGAGGAAGCUGUGGAGACGUCUCACGCUAAAUGCUCCUCACUGGAGAAAACCAAACACGUAAUGCAGACUGAGAUCGAAGACCUGAUGGUUGAACUGGAACGAACCAACGCCGCCGCUCUGGCUCUGGACAAGAGGCAACGCAACUUUGACAAGCUGCUGAGUGACUGGAAGCUGAAGUUUGAGGAGAGUCAGACGGAGCUGGAGGCGUCACAGAGAGAGUCUCGCAGUCUGAGCACCGAACUCUUCAAGCUGAAGAACAGCUACGAAGAAGCUCUGGACCAUCUGGAGACAGUGAAACGAGAAAACAAAAACCUGCAAGAGGAGAUCCUGGACCUGUCGGAUCAGAUCAGUCAGGGAGGGAAGACCAUCUAUGAGCUGGAGAGAGUGAGGAAAAUCCUGGACAUGGAGAAGAGCGACAUCAGAGCGGCUCUGGAGGAGGCAGAGGGGACUCUGGAGCACGAGGAGAGUAAGACCCUGAGAUUUCAGUUGGAGCUGCAGCAGAUACGGAGCGAGAUUGAGCGCAAGAUUGCAGAGAAAGAUGAAGAGAUCGACAACCUCAGGCGGAGCCACCAGCGUGCCCUGGACGCCAUGCAGGCCAGUUUGGAGGCGGAGGUUCGUAGUCGCAGCGAGGCGGUCCGCCUGAAGAAGAAGAUGGAGUCGGACCUGAACGAGAUGGAGGUUCAGCUGGGACACGCCAACAGACAGGCGGCCGAGAGCCAGAGGAUCAUCAGACACCUGCAGACACAGGUCAAAGAGCACCAGGUGGAUCUGGAGGAUAAAGUCCAGCUGACCAAUCAGCUCAAAGAGCAGAUCGUCCUGCUGGAUCGACGCUGCGCGCUGAUGACGGCCGAGGAGGAGGAGCUGCGCGGGAUCCUGGAGCAGACCGACCGCGUCCGCAAGAUGGCCGAACACGAGCUGGUGGAGGUCAACGAGAGAGUUAACCUGCUCUCUACGCAGAACUCAGGUCUGAUGAACCAGAAGAAGAAGCUGGAGGCCGAUGUGUCCGUGCUGUCCGGCGAGGUGGACGAGGCGAUGCAGGAGAGCCGCAGCGCUGAGGAGAAAGCCAAGAAGGCCAUCACCGAUGCCGCUCUGAUGGCGGAGGAGCUGAAGAAGGAGCAGGACAGCAGCAGCAUGAUGGAGCGUCUGAGGAACAACAUGGUGUCCACGGUCAAAGAGCUGCAGGUCAAACUGGACGAGACGGAGCAGAUGGCGCUGAAGGGAGGAAAGAAGCAGAUUUAUAAAAUGGAGACGAGAGUGAGGGAGCUGCAGACGGAGCUGCUGAUGGAGCAGAAGAAGAGCGAGGAGUAUCAGAAAGGAGUCCGUCGCUACGAGCGGAGAGUCAAAGAGCUGACGUACCAGACGGAGGAGGACAGGAAGACUCUGCUGAGGAUGCAGGAGCUCAUCGAAAAGCUUCAGACCAAAGUCAAGAGCUACAAGAGACAAGCAGAGAACGCCGAGGAGCAGGUGAGCUGCAGCACGGUGCGUUUCAGGAAAGUCCAACACGAGCUGGAAGACGCCGAGGAGAGAGCCGACAUCGCCGAGACGACCGUCAACAAGCUGCGGAUUCGAACCCGCGAGCAGACCAGUAAGGUGGCUACGAUCGUCGAGUGAAGCUGCGCCGCUUCCUCAAACACCAUCGGUGUGUCUCUGUUGUUUGUGUGGCGUUAGUAUCGCCCGGGUCACAUGGCCUGUCCGAGCAGCGCAUGGUGGCUACCUCGCUGAACUGCUGCAGCUCGCACAUUUGUGGUGUUCACACUGAACAUUGUUGCUGCAGCGCUGCCGCAGAGCUGCCUGCUGCUGUGUUAUCAAAAUCACGCUACUGCAAAUAUUUCACAUUAAAACGCCUGGUGUUAACAACUGAAGGGAUUUUGUCAACAGAAACAUUGUCAGAGGGCUUUUACUUUGUUAAAUGGAAACACAAAAGGUUGGGUAAAACAGAAAUAUUUGUAUUUCCUAAUGUCUGUAACAAAAAGACAGUGAAACUGUAGUAAAAUGGGGUAUGAUAUAAAAAAUAUUCUUAAAGGACCAUUAAACUCAAUUUUUUGCUUAAAAAGCCAAAAAAAACAUCUAGAAUCCAUUUCUCUAGAUGUGCCGCAGCUGCGAGCCGCGCUGUGGCUGCUCGGACCUGUUAACACGAGCGCCGACAUAGAAGCAACAGGUUCUGCAACGCAUACACGCUGCUAAUGCAGGCAGUGUGGCCCGGGCGUAAUGUUUGAUUGGUGUGUGUUUGUGAUUUUUUGGGUGGGGGUGGGGGCCGGCAAAUCUGCAUCCGCUGUAUGUAAUCAUGUUAAUAUGUUUCUAUAUUCAUCGUAAAGCUUCGUGAGCUGGCUUGUAAAGGAAGUGUUGAGGGCCACAAGUAUGUAUGAGAGCUGGUGUCAGCAGCAAGCUAACAGUAUUUGUAGUACAAACAAAAAAAGGUUGGCAGUACUGAAUGUUUUUUUUAAAGAGAGACAGGAAGCUGCGAGGCGACUUGGUCGGCAGUGUUUCCUUCUGCCUUCCAGGCAGCCCGAGAGAUGUGCAUAAGAUGAAGUGAAGAGCGGUGAUUAUCAUCAUCUCGCUGCAUCUCCAUGAAUCGUGAAAGGAAUUUCCAGCACAGAGACAACACUAGUACAUGACAGACCAACUGCAGUAUUCACCAAACAUGAGAAAGUCUGUACUUACUCACCCCAAAUUCCUGCUUCUUGUAUUUCUCAUUCUGAGUGAAAAUUUUGCUGCUCGUUGCUGAAAAUGUUGAGAACGUGCAUGUUUUUUGGAGCUGAGGAGGAAAAAGAUAGAUUACGGGACAGAGAAUGAUUCAUAACUGCAGCACCGGCUGUAUUUAUUCAUGUUAAAUGCAGUGCAUUAGGUUAAAUCUGCAAUAAGUGAUGUUUUAAAAAUUGGAUCAAAUGACAGUGAUGUAAAAGUGUUUCUCGUAGUGCAGAACACACUGAGAAUCAUCACCAGCUAAGCAGCUCUGUGCCGUCUGUAGCUCUGUAUUAUUCGUAACUUUAGUCCGCUCACCAGCUGUCCGUAUAAAACUACGGUCAGCUGUUUCCAAAAACAAACCGCCACGAUCGCGUUUGCCCUGGAACAGCUGGAACAGCCCUGUGCACAGAGCCCUCUGCUCGUACUAGGCGCUCAUUUCGUCUGUAUUUGUGUGCGUUUUCUGAAAGCUUAUGGAUUAAGACGAAACCAAGCAUUAUCGGCGGGAUUCAUAACGUACUUCAACACCUUCUUAUUCCAAGUCAUCACAUGCUGCUACAUAUUACGCUCUAGGUAUCUUUCUGCGUUUGCUAUUCACCUUUCGGGAUCCCGCUACUGUGAUGUCAUCACAAGCACAUGGUCAUGAGGACGGUUGGGUUUAGCAGAGUAUGAAGCCAGUGAUGGUAAAAACAUUUGAAAUGAUCUGUUUUCAUACGUAAAAAGAGAAUAAAUGAGCCCUUAGCUGAGAUGAUACUUUAUGUGACGGUACACCAGGUUCUCUGCCCUCUAGUGGUCAAAAAGCUUUCUUAAUUUUUGGAAAAAAAGCACAACAACACAUGUAAGAUACAUAAGAGUGCUUGUCUUCAGAUUGUAUGUUUGGCUAUUUAUGUGUGUGGUUUCUUUGUAGUUAAUGAUUUUAACAGAAAUCUUCAGUGUAGUAAAGUUAAAGAAAAAUAAAUACCUUUUUGUGUUUGAA